AUGAUUGGGUACUAGAAUUAGACUUCAGAAGAUCAAGAUAUUUUCGGUUCACAAGCCUUUGAAAUCAUAGAUGUUGAUAUAUAUAAUAAAUUUUAGAAAGUAUAAAGAAAACCUAGUUAAAGAGAAUCUUUAAGUAAAAAAUAAUCUUUUGUAAAUAAAUAAGCCAAAAGAUCAAUUAGUGCUAUAAAAGUUGAUGAAGUAAUUGAUAUUCUAUAUUGAAUUAGAAUAAAAUGAUGAUUAAUAAUGGUUAAGCAUUGAAAAAAUCAAAGGAUGAUCAUCCUUUGACAGGAUAAGAAUAAUUAGAAUUUAAAUUGAUCUAAGUUGAGAUAUCAGAUUUCAUAAUAAUUGAGCAUUCAUAAAAUGGUAAAGAUUAUAAAAUUUUGGACUAAAAUGACUGGAAGAAAAUAAUCAAGCAAAAAUCUUUAUCAGGAUAUAUGAUGCAUGAUAUACAUGUGUCAUUAUUAACUUAAAAUCUAUUUUUUAUAGAGAGGAGAGAUAUAUGGUUAUUAUUUUGUUAAAUAGACUCAAUAAAAUAAAAAAUUAAAUAGAAAAAUUCUACAUUUUUUUAGUAUUCUACUUAAGAUAAUAAUUAUUCAUCAUAAAUUGAUAAAGAUAUACCAAGAGCAUUAAUGGGAAAUAGAUUCUUGAAUUUAGUAAGCAUAUAAUUAAACAUAGCAAGAAAAUUAAAUUAGUUUAAAAAGGAUAUUAAUGGCUUAUGCUAAUUAUGAUCCUGAAUUGGGAUAUACUUAAGGGAUGAAUAUUAUUGCAGCUAAUUUAUUAAUUUGUUAUGAUUUGAAAACAAAUGAUGAGAAAUUUUUAGAAGGUAUAUAAUAAUUAUUAAUACCUUUAAGAUGUAGAAAUAAUAGAUCCAUCAAGAGAUGAAAAUGUAUUUUAUCUUUUUAUAUAUAUAAUGGUGGAAUUAAAUUGGAGAUCAGUUUUUAUUCCUGGAUUUCCAGGUUUAAUAAGAAUGAUGAAAGUUUUGGAAUUAAAAUUUUAAAAUGAAUUGCCUUAAUUAUAUGCACAUUUUUAAGAUUCUAAUGUAGAUCUAAAUGUGUGUUUUUAAUCAUAAUAUCUAUCUUUAUUAAUGUAUGGAAUAUCUUGGGAGAUCAGUAGAAUGAUUUUUGAUUUAUUCCUUUUUGAAGGUGAAGUGAUUAUUCACACUUUUCUGAUUGGUAUGUUGAAAUAUUGUCAAGAUAAUCUUUUAAGAUUGAGAACUUUUGAAGUAUUAAAAUAAAAUAAUCAUUAGGAAAUAACAAAAUUUUGUAAAAGUGAAAUGAUAAGAUAAUUUUAUGAGUUAUUUUCAAUUAAAUUUGUAGGAAACAAAGAUUUUUCAACUAUCCUAUUAAAUUUAGGCUUUAUUAAAGUUUAAGGUUAAAUAGUACCUCCUUAACCUGUGUCUCCUGUUAAAUAAGUAAAGUAGAACAAUAAAUUUGAGAUCUGGAAAGGAACUUUCCUUAAGAAUUUUUUCUAAAAAAAGAAAUGAAC